AUGUACUCUGUAGCCAUAGGAAAAUCCCCGGCAUGCCGCAAAACCUUCGUGAAAACCCUAUAUCGUCCUUCAUCUUUAAGUCGUUGUAUGGCAUCAUGGAAAUGCUUUUCCAGACCUGCAAGCUUUUUAGGUUUCAUACUUUCAAGAUCAAUGAAAUUCAAUGGAUCCAUUAGCUUUUGUGCGACGUCCUCAAUACUCGGCCUAUCUCCUGUCUGGAUAAAAUUCAUGGAUUUCAUAAAAGGGCAUUUUUCAGUGUUUUCAGUAAUCAAAGUAGGGGUUAUCAUAUGAUUCUUGGAAAGGAAAGGACAAAGGUGCUUUACGGACUCAAGGGUACGUACCGCGAAUUCUUUCAUAAUUUUAUGGUUAUAA